AGCGUUCACAGAGGCCCGUCAGGGGGCCUGAGAGCACAGAAGCACCUGCCGGGCCACUGCCCAGCGGUGAAUGGCCGCUGCUCGAGCCACCUCCUGAGAGCGCCUCGCCACCCCGCGCCAGCCCGGAUUCGGACCCCGAGACGGGAAGAUGCUGAGCUCAAUCAAGUGUGUGCUGGUGGGCGACUCGGCCGUGGGCAAGACCUCUCUGCUGGUGCGCUUCACCUCGGAGACCUUCCCGGAGUCCUACAGGCCCACCGUGUACGAGAACACGGGUGUGGACGUGUUCAUGGACGGCGUCCAGAUCAGCCUGGGCCUCUGGGACACAGCGGGCAAUGAUGCCUUCCGCAGCAUCCGGCCUCUCUCCUACCAGCAGGCCGACGUGGUGCUCAUGUGCUACUCCGUGGCCAACCAAAGUUCCUUCCAAAACCUGAAGAACAAGUGGAUCGGCGAGAUCAGGAGCAACUUGCCGUGCACCCCCGUGCUGGUGGUGGCCACCCAGACGGACCAGCGGGAAAUGGGCCCCCACCGGGCCUCCUGCGUCAAUGCUGUGGAAGGGAAGAAACUGGCCCAGGACGUGAGGGCUAAGGGCUACCUGGAGUGCUCGGCCUUGAGCAACCGCGGGGUCCAGCAGGUGUUCGAGUGUGCCGUCCGCACCGCCGUCAACCAAGCCAGGAAGCGCAACAGAAGGCGGUUCUUCUCCAUCAACGAGUGCAAGAUCUUCUGAACCCCCCGAGACUCACUUAUUCACCCCAAAUACUAAUCAGCCCCGGGGAGUGGGGGGAGCCAGCCAGGGUGGACGCUGUUGAUGGGGCCAUCCCCAGCCACAUUUCUCUCUGG